AUCCUUUACCCAUCACACGACAUAAAACCAUCAUCUGAAAUGUUUACUGGAACAACCUGAACUUGUUUUUGCUAGUGGCUGCAGUUUAGUAGAAGAUGGCAUUGCCUGCAGUGUCUGCUUUCCAGGGCACCACUUCAAAAACAACCAUAUACUCUGCUCUACCAUGUCCAAAGUUAUUUGCUUUUGCUUCUUUUGGUAUAAAGAACAGGACAUUCUCAAAACAUUUCAGAGCUACAUUUCCUGUAAAGUCUCUUAAACCUCGUCUCAGACAUUCCAAAGCUUUGGGAACAGUCAGAAUUGUUGCGCAGUCAGAUUUUGCAGACAGCGAAGCAGCAAAAUUUAAGGAAGGGCUUCUUUCAAUGCUUGCAGAUGAUGAAAACAUUGGUGAACAGAGAGUACCCAUGGUGGAAACUUGUACCAAGAUUUUUAGGCAAUUUGCAAUGAGCUACAAAGGAGAACUCCAGGUAGAUCCAUUUGUAGAAAUGAGAUUUGCUCUAGAAGGGCAAGGUAUUCCCCUGCCCAAAGUGGGUAAGGUUACACGAGGAGCAAUUGGCUGGUCUCGAUAUAAUCUUUAUCGUGAUUGGAAGAAAUGGUCCACUUCAAAUUAAUUUGACCAAAGCAUGGGUUCUUCUGUACUCUAUGGUAGACUGAAGACUCAUGUGUUUGUUCUUACGGUAAAGAUAAUUGGCUACACUACUAAGAUCACAAAUUAUUCUCAUAGAAUAAUGAAUAUUGUAAUUUGGUGAUUGGAUGUAUUUAUUCUGGGAAAAGGUUUCUUGUCUGUUAAAUAAUUAAAUCUUGAUUCCUUCCCUUUCUUCA